GAUAGAACAUGCCCUGGGCACUCUUCCCCUCGGGUUGAAUAGCACGUACCAGGGAGUUUGUGGGCAUGCUGGUGCAUGGUGGUUGUGCGCAUGCCGAAGGAGAACGGUUGCAUCCUGAGUUGUCACCUGACAAGGAUGGUUGGGCUCCAAGUAUGGAUCCUAGGCUCAGUGUGACAAAUGGUGGGAAGACAACACUGGCUAAGAAUUUGCAGAAACACCUUCCAAAUUGCAGUGUCAUAUCUCAGGACGACUUCUUCAAGCCAGAGUCUGAGAUAGAGACAGAUAAAAAUGGAUUUUUGCAGUAUGAUGUGCUUGAAGCGCUUAACAUGGAAAAAAUGAUGUCAGCCAUUUCCUGCUGGAUGGAAAACCCAAGACACUCUCUGGUAUCGACAGACAGGGGAGGUGCUGAGGAGACUCCCAUUUUAAUCGUCGAAGGUUUUCUUCUCUUUAAUUAUAAGCCCCUUGACACUAUAUGGAGCAGAAGCUAUUUUCUGACCAUUCCAUAUGAUGAAUGUAAAAGGAGAAGGAGUACAAGGGUCUACGAGCCUCCAGACCCCCCAGGGUACUUCGACGGCCACGUGUGGCCCAUGUACCUAAAGCACAGGCAAGAAAUGGAGAGCAUCACGUGGGAAGUUGUUUACCUAGAUGGAACAAAAUCUGAAGAGGACCUCUUUUCACAAGUGUAUGAAGAUCUAAUACAAGAACUAGCAAAAAGUGUUGGCAAGUAACAACAUAAAGAUGGAAUGCAGCAAAUCCUUCCUGGGGUGAAUUGAGAAAUUCAAAGGAAUAUAUUUAAGAGCCUUAAUCAAGAUACAAUAUGUACUGUAUGGUACAAUGACAGCUGCUGUUUUGCGUGUUUAUUUUUUUUUAUCAUACGUGGUUUUCCCAACAUGUGGAACAGUAAAUAUCCAUGCCAAUGGACAGAAUCUGCCUUAAGGAGUUGCUCUGACUACAGAGAAUGCAUAGAUACAGCGUAGCUCACGAACAGUAAGUCAAUUCCUCUGUCCCAAUGACUGUCAAACUUUUUUGACUGGAACCCAGAGUAAGAAAUAAGUAUUACAUCACAAUCCAAUAUAUAUAAAAUCCAUUGUUUAUGUGUUUGUGUACGUGUGUGUAUGUGUGGAUGUAGGUGUGUGUCUAUGCAUGGAUGUGUAUGCACACACACAUCAAGUAUCACAAGACAUUGAUCUUACGUACUGUGACCUUUUUUAAGUUUUAAUUUUUUAAUAUUGAUUAUAACCCACAGUUUGGAAAAUGCUGCUGUGUACCAUCCCAUACCAACACUUACCACCUGCAAAUAAUAGCAUUACUGGGAGUAGUAGUCACAUUGAAUAAAUCAACAAUUUGCUGCAGUA